AUCUGGAUCAGGAAUAGAGGGAGACGGAGUGAAACCUAAGCUACCAUGAGAGAACGUCUUCAAAGAAUGCUUUUCCAAAAGCUGGGGCCACAACUUGGACGCCCUACACAAAGUGUCGCUGGAUGGAUAACUGCAAAGGUCCUAUCCAGGCGCAACAGAGUCCUGGAGGAGAAUGCAGUGAAGCUGUGUGACAUCUCACCACAGGACACUGUGCUGGAGUUGGGUCAUGGUCCUGGGAUAGGCUUGGAAGCAGCUGCAAGGCUCCUCUCUGAACCCGGAGGAAGGCUUCUGGGGAUAGAUUACUCUGAGUACAUGCACAAAGUAGCCAGUGACAAAAUGCAGGCACUCAUAGCAAGCGGAAAGGUGACCCUGCACCAUUGUGACGUGGCAUCCAUGCCCAUUGCAGAGAGCAGCGUGGAUAAGGUGUUCCACUGUAACUGCUACUAUUUCUGGCCUGAUCUGAAGAAAGGCACCUCGGAGAUCCACCGUGUGAUGAAGCCAGGGGGUCUCAUGGUAACAACCCUCAGUCUAAACAGCUUGGAAAAUAUAGCGCCUACAAACAUUUUUACUGGGGAGAGCUGGCGUCCUGACGUCUACAUGGAGGCCUUACGGGCCACUGGAUUCUCUGAUGUCAGAAUGGAAAACAGAACAGACAAGUUCUUCACCUUUCAAGUUGUAUUUGCCACUGCUUAGAAAUAAAAAUGGAAAUUUUGAAAUUGUA